GCUUACAUUUUGAAGUAUAUACCCACUUUUGAUCCACCAUCUUGGAAUUUGGAGAGGAUGAUUCGAUUUAUCUUGAUUCAAAAUCGUGCGGGGAAAACAAGACUAGCAAAAUGGUACAUGAACUUUGAUGAUGACGAGAAGCAAAAGUUAAUCGAAGAAGUACAUGCUUUGGUUACCGUUCGAGACGCAAAGCACACAAAUUUCGUAGAGUUCCGUAACUUCAAAAUAGUCUACAGACGUUAUGCAGGGUUGUACUUCUGCUUCUGUGUUGAUGUCAGUGAUAACAACUUAUAUUAUUUGGAGGCCAUUCACAAUUUUGUAGAGGUUUUAAAUGAGUUUUUCCACAAUGUUUGUGAACUGGAUUUAGUCUUUAACUUUUAUAAGGUGUACUCAGUGGUCGAUGAGAUGUUCUUAGCUGGAGAAAUCCGAGAAACAAGUCAGAGUAAAGUACUUAAACAACUAAACAUGCUUCAGCAGUUGGAGUAGAAUGGUAACUUAGAAUAUUAGCAACAUGAACCUAGCUACAAGCCAAUAGCUUUCUUUCCUUUCAUCUUUAUCUCACCAAUAUAUGUAUAUGCAGGAUAGGAGACUACAGUAUAUAUAUAUAUAUAUCCAGUAGAUAGAUAAUAUAGAAAUGAUGAGUUGAAUAGACAGAUUGUUUAUAGAUUGAGAUUCUUUCAAGUCAGCAUGUUUUUGUGCUUCUGUAGCCUCUCACUCCUAGACAUGAUUUUUUUGGCUUCUGAUGACCAAAACAUCAUUGUACCUUAAUUUUAAUAUUGUGAAUUGAUGCCAUUGUUUUGAAUAUAGAGGACAGUAAUCCCUUAAUCCUGAUUGAUGAAUAAUGAAGGGCUUUCAUAGCUUUGGACCAAUUUACGAGCCCUUUAGCCUGCAAAAAGAAGCCAUCUUAUGUGGGUGGAUAAUUUGGAGAGAGAAACAGUGCCAGAGAGACUCUUCACAGGCUACUAGCACUCGGACAAAAUAGGCUAGGCAUGUUCUUGAUUGGAAAUCAAUUUUUAUUUUAUCAUUGAUGUUCUUGUAUCCAAAAACUUGUUCAAAGCCAUCCAUUUUCUUCAAUGUUAUUAAAACACCAUUUCAAUAAACAAUAAGGAACUCACAACUGCAUGAAAAACAUAUUUUCUUUAAAGCCACCCAAAAUCUUUUCUUAUCCCACAGGCUAAAUAGACCCCUUGCAUGUGACGUCAAAGCAGCUUGAUCUGGGGGACAAAACAAAAGAAUUCCAGUCUCCUGAGAAUUGGAACCUAUUGUUUUGUCCCCCAGAUUGAGCUACAUUCCAAAGUGCUGCAAGGGGUCUAUAAUAGAUUAUUCAAUAUUGCUUUCAGACUGGGCUACCACCCAACCUUUUCAUUGUAAGAAUAACCUUAAUAUUAAUUAAUUAUCGUUUCAUUAAAACCAAUAAAUGUAAUAUAAUAGGUUGUAGUGUUUAUCUGAUCUUUGAGAAUAAAAAAACACUGAUGGUAUAAUUUUCA